AUGGACGUAGAAUACGCCCUCAAAAAGACUCAGAAUGGAAGGAGCCCCGGAAACGAUGGCUUCAUCUAUGAGUUCUGGAAACAAUAUCCUCGUCCAGAUGACGAUGAUGAUGAAAAAGAGCGUAAAGCUAAGCCCGACAACAAUCUUUCAAUGAAGGAGUAA